AUGUCGUGGAUAAGAUCGGCUGUGAGCAAAGCCGUGGAGGCUGGGAACAAGAACAACCUCACUCGGACCGUCAAGAACUAUGCCGACUCCGUCGUCCAACACGCCGGCCAAGCCGUAGCUGAAGGCGCCAAACGCUUUCAGGACCGUAUGGGAGCUCGUAGUUUUAAAAGUGUUAAGAAGAGUAUCCAGAGAUUGGAAGAAGCAGCUGUGUCUUGCAGAGGAGCUGAAAGACUUGAGAUACUGAGAAGGUGGGUGAUUUUGCUCAGAGAGGUCGAGAGACUAAAGCUUUCUCCGGGUUCUGUGGAAGAAAAAGACAACGCAGUCGAGCAACCUACUGCUUCUGAGGACGCCAACGAUAUUCGAAGAAGAAUAUCUCUGGUUUUGUACUAUGACUCUGAUGUUGGAGGUGAACCCAUGACUUUCCGCGAAGUGUUUCUUCAAAGUCAGGCUAUGGAGGGCAUAACACUGUCUAUGAUUCUUGAAGGUCCGAAUGAUGAAGAGGUUGCCCUGCUCAUGGAGAUGUUUAGGCUCUGUCUUACUGGAGGAAAAGAAGUUCAUAAUGCAAUAGUGAGCAGUAUACAAGAUCUGGAAAAAGCUUUUUCAAGCUAUGAAGAUGAAGUAUUGGUAAAACGGGAGGAAUUGCUCCAAUUUGCACAAGGUGCAAUUACGGGGUUAAAGAUUAAUGCUGAUGUCAUAAGAAUAGAUGAAGAAGUCUCUAGUCUAAGGAAGAAGCUUGACACAACGACCACUCCUUUGAAGCCUUCAACUGAAGGUCAUGACAAAGCAUCAGAAGAAACAAAAUUGGAAACAAUAGAGGCAUUAAAAGAAGCACUUGCACAAGUUCGAGCUUGUUCCAGAUUAGAAGGGCUUUUACUGAAGAAAAGGUUGUUGAACAAUGGAGAUUCUCCUGAGAUCCACGCUCAAAAAGUUGAUAAAUUGAAGGUCUUGUCAGAAUCUCUGGCUAGCUCCUCUUCAAAAGCUGAAAAUCGUAUUUCAGAUCACAGACUUCAAAAGGAGGAGGCACUAAAAGUUCGUGUAGCCAGAGCAAGUGAAGUGAGUGAAAGAGAGAAGGAAAUAACAGCUGAGAUUACAGAGCUUGAAAAAGAACGAGAUGAUCUUGAGGCUCAACUGAAAAAGGUUAAUAUCUCCUUGGCUGCAGCUAAUGCCCGCCUUCGCAAUACCAGGGAAGAGAGGGAACAAUUUGAAGAAGCUAACAAUAAGAUUGUUUCCCACUGCGAAGCAAAGGAAGAUGAGCUAUCGAAAUCCAUUGCCUCAUGUAGGGCAGAGGCAGAUAUUAUAAAGACUUGGGUUAAUUUUCUUGAAGAUACUUGGGUUCUCCAGCGCUCAUAUACAGAUAUGAAGGAGAAGCAGGUCAAUGAUGAAUUGGAGAAACAUGAGGACUAUUUCUUGAACUUGGCCAUUGAUCAUCUCUCUGCUUACAAGAAAGAGUUGGGGCCUUCUAUCAUUCGUAUAGGGAAAUUUGUAGAGAACCUAAAGAAUUUGAGCGAGGGGUCAAGGAUGGCAUCUACUGCAGAAAGCGAAGAUUCGAAAGUAUUAAAUCCAAUAAAUAAUCUUGAGGAGGAAUAUUUGGACCACGAAACCAAGAUUAUUACCACCUUUAGUGUAGUAGAUAACAUCAAGGAGCAGUUUUAUGGCCCACGAGCUGAAAUUUCCAGGAAAGAUGACCCUAGGGUUAAGGAGCUGUUUGAUGAUAUUGAAAAAUUAAGGGAGCAAUUUGAAGCUAUUGAGAGACCAAAUCUACAACUGGAGAAUCCAACCCCAAAAUCAGAAACUUCAUCUAGUGAAAAGCCGCAGAGUGGUCCAUCUACUCUCCCAACAGAAAGCACAGGAGCACAGAGAGCUGAUACAGAUAAGCAUCCUGGGUCAGGUAAAGUGAAGGCAGAGCAAAUGCUUGACACUGAAGCAGAACUAGCAAAGCUGGAAUCGGAGUUUGGCAAGGUUGGUCAAGACUACUCGGCAGAAGAGAUUGGUGACUGGGAAUUCGACGAGCUUGAAAGGGAACUAAGAUCUGGUGAUUCAUCAAAAGCCAAAUAG